AAGCCAAAAGAAGUAAAAUCCCCCUAAAAAAAUUAUAGUAUCUACCUUGAAGACCUCAUUUUUCAUCGAACUCUCUCGUCUCCCCCCCUCUCCUAUAUAUAAACAAAACCUUCUCUCUCUCUCUCUCUCUCUCACUAAAACAAUGGCUUCGCCAAGUCCACUUCAGCACUUUUCACUGAAACCCAAGAGAGCCAACCUGUACUACAUGACGUUAGUUGCCGUCCUCUGCACGCUCUGCUACCUCGUCGGAAUUUGGCAGCACUCCACCGGCACCACCGCCAUCACCGCCUCCAUAUCCACCUCCGACUCCUCCUGUCCCCCAAUCCCCAGGAACACAACAAUCCACCUCGACUUCGAGGCCCACCACCGCGCCGAGGACCUCCCCCUACCUCCGGCGGCGGCGCGUGUGGCACACCUGCCCCCCUGCGACGCAAAGCUCAGCGAGUACACGCCGUGCCAGGACGUCACGAGAUCGCUGAAAUUCGACAGGGAGAGGUUGGUUUACAGGGAGAGGCAUUGCCCGGAGAAGGAGGAGCUUCUCAAGUGCCGGAUUCCGGCGCCCCACGGGUAUACGGUGCCGUUUCGGUGGCCGGAGAGCAGAGACUCUGUUUGGUACGCGAAUGUGCCGCACAAGGAGUUGACCGUGGAGAAGAAGAAGCAGAAUUGGGUUCAUUACGAAGGGGACCGGUUUAGAUUCCCUGGUGGCGGGACCAUGUUUCCUCGUGGUGCGGAUGCGUAUAUUGAUGAAAUCGGGAAAUUGAUCAAUCUCAGAGAUGGGUCUGUACGGACCGCCAUUGAUACCGGUUGUGGGGUUGCAAGUUGGGGGGCUUACCUUUUGUCCAGGGACAUCCUACCAAUGUCAUUUGCACCAAGAGACACCCAUGAAGGACAAGUUCAAUUUGCUCUUGAGAGAGGAGUUCCUGCAUUGAUUGGCAUUCUUGCUUCCCAGAGACUCCCUUACCCCUCAAGAGCUUUUGACAUGGCUCAUUGCUCUCGUUGCCUCAUUCCCUGGGGCCAAUAUGAUGGGCUUUACUUAAUCGAAGUUGAUCGAGUUCUGCGUCCCGGUGGAUACUGGAUUCUGUCUGGACCACCAAUUAAUUGGGAGAAGCACUGGAAAGGCUGGGAUAGAACAGCUGAGGACCUUAAAGCUGAACAGACUAUGAUUGAGAAUGUAGCAAAAAGCUUGUGCUGGAAGAAAUUGAAGCAGAAGGAUGAUCUUGCAGUUUGGCAAAAACCCACCAACCAUGUUCAUUGUAAGGUCAAUAGAAAGGUCUUCAAGAAACCAUCCUUCUGCCAAGCUCAAGAUCCAGACAAAGCAUGGUAUACUACAAUGGAGGAUUGUUUGACCCCACUGCCUGGAGUGAACAACAUUAAAGAAAUUGCAGGAGGGGAAUUGGCAAAAUGGCCAGAGAGGCUAACUUCAGUCCCUCCAAGAAUCAGUAGUGGGAGUGUGACAGGAAUUACAGCUGAGAUGUUCAGAGACAAUACAGAGCUGUGGAAGAAAAGAGUGGCAUACUACAAGACCUUGGAUUAUCAGUUGGCAGAGCCCGGGAGGUAUCGGAAUUUACUCGACAUGAACGCUUACUUGGGAGGCUUUGCAGCUGCCCUAGUUCAGGACCCUGUGUGGGUUAUGAACAUUGUCCCUGUUGAGGCUGAGGUUAACACCCUUGGAGUCAUUUACGAACGAGGAUUGAUUGGAACUUAUCAGAAUUGGUGUGAGGCCAUGUCUACUUACCCAAGAACCUAUGACUUCAUCCACUCUGAUUCAGUUUUUAGUCUCUACAAGGACAGAUGUGAACUGGAAGAUAUUCUUUUAGAAAUGGAUAGGAUUUUAAGGCCAGAAGGUAGUAUAAUUUUCCGGGAUGACGUGGAUGUGUUGGUAAAAGUCAAGAGCAUCAUGGAUGCAAUGCAAUAUGAUGCCAGAAUCGUUGACCAUGAAAAUGGCCCCAGACAGAGAGAAAAAAUAUUAUUGGCGGCCAAGCAGUAUUGGACAGCACCAGCUCCUAGCCAAGAUCAAGGAGAAAGCCAAACAGAUUCAUAGACGUAGGGGCUUCUCUUCUUUCUUGAUUCAAAUUGUUCAAUUUUUAUGUCGAUAAUUUGAUAAUGAAAAUGAUUUUUUUGUUUGUUUUGGCUAGCACCCGUGAAUUGCGGUGUGACACUUGAUUGAAUGCUACACAACAAUGAAAAAGAAAUUUUAAUGCAAUAUUUUACAACCAA